AUGAACCAGACGCCGCCGGACCCGCACGCACCGGAAUCGGAGACAACACGACAAGGGAGGACGUUGAUUCGGCUGUUGUUUCGAUCGAGUAAGGAGGAUGAGAAAAAUAACAAUGGUAAGAUGAAAGAACAAGACAAUCGAGCUGAAGAUGCCGCGUCCUUGAAGCAGGCUACCCACACGCAACUUAACAGUGAUCAGCCUCCUCCGGUACCUGCAACGACAAGUAAAUUUGCUUCGCUAAAGCGCAAGUUGUUUCCAUCUCAAAACCGACGAUAUCCUCGACAAGUGCCACCACUUAUCAGUCCAAUCACCGCAUCAGUGAAGCCUCCUCUUCCACCACUCGGAGAAAAUCUGAAGCCUCUUAGCUACAACUCGACAUCUAGAAACGACGACGAAAACAGUGAUCAAAACCAAGCGAAUGAGGGGUUGUUCAGCUUAGCUCUUUUCAAAGAUAAUCAGAUGUCAACGUAUCUGGAGUCGGAUGGCCAAGAAGAUACCCCUGAAAGCGACUUCUCUCUAGCAGAGGUUGACAAUAAUUGGGCGAUAACAUGCAGGAGAACGCUUAUAGACGACGAUGAUGACAGAGAUCUGGAAAGCGCAGUGGAGGCCCUCGAUCUCGAGAGCUCGAAUCCCGACAAGACGUUGGAAGAGAUGAGUAAAGCUAUCGAUGACCUACGAGAGUGGAAACAAGCCCACCAGCAGAAAACACAGGAAGCUUUGGAUGUGUUGCAAGCUGAACAAGAACUCCAACAUUCUGUUAAAUCAUCACGAAACUCAAUUGAAAGCGAAGAUUUUCUAAGAGUACAACUUCAACUCAAGAUGCAGCAACAACAGCGGGAUCGCGAGGCGCAAGCACUCGAACUCCGAAAAGAAGUCGAGGCGUUCCAAGUCGAGUGUAACGUCUUCAAGACUACACUUGACGAAUCCGAAGCCACCCGAGUGGAACAGGCUCUGCAAAACUGUACCGACUCCAAAAACAUGGCCCUCUCAAGACUGCGCGACGAACUCUUCCAGCUCGACGUGAAGCAGCGUCAAGAGGCACUGUUGCAGGAGCUGCAAGGCACCGAUAACGCUCUAGACAUGAACAUCGUGAAUGUCCAGGCUUUUACGGGUGAACUGGAUGCCAUCUUGGCGCAGUUUGACGGCGAUGGCGUUAACGGCAAGCUGAGUGCGAUGGCUGAAGAUGAAGGUCUGACAAUCUGAUUAAUUACCCCUUUCAAUGUGAUGAAGAUCAUAUCAUUACGGGGUAUCUAUUCGUAAAGGCAGAAAAUUUACAAAAAGGUUGAGUUAGCAUCAUCAACAACUUACAAAUAUUUAAUAUCGCAG